AUGAGUAUAUUAUCAAACUUUAAUGUUUAUGCUUUAAUGAUUGUACCCAUCGCGCUUAUGUGCAGCGGCCAUAAGAUCCAGCUGCGAAAAAUGGGGUUACUGGCGUUCAUAAUGACUCUUCUGCAGAUCCAACAAUCUAUUCUACUUUCCUCGUUAUUCCCGUCGACAUGGGAGCUUACUAACCAGUUUGUUCUGCGUGGAUUCAUUUUUCCACUUAUGGAGGCUAUGUUUUUCUACUUUGUGCUUAAUAAUGCUAGAGCCAUGCAGACGCUUGGGCUCCAAGACGCCCACAGUGCUGCACCGACUGUAGCCACGGUUUGGUGCACAUGCUACACGUUUUUUUUUCGUUUCUUUCCAUGGUACCACACAAUGUCCCGAUUGGGACUUCAGAUUCAACCUCAAGUUACUGCCUUCGAAGCUUUUCUGCAGCUAAUAUCGACGUUGAUUGUGUGUCGACGCGUUCAGAGAUGCACCGAAUCUCCGACAAAGGUAGUAAUCUACGUGAUAUUCUCCCAUUUUAUUGGCGCAAUGGCUGUUUGCUUGCUGAGUCCGUCGUGGUUGUUUGUAGGAGAUGUAGUGCGUACCAUGCUGCUAUUAGUAGGAGUUGCACUGUUCCCAAUGCGCGAUCUUGAGCGCCAGAGAAAUAAGUGGAAAUAA